UAUUGAUGUCUAGACUUAUCUCUAAGUCCCCGGACCUAAUAAUUUUCGCUGGAAUCGGCGGCUCCUUCUCUUCUUUCGUUUUCCUGCAUAGGAGUGGGGCAGGUGAGAGUGGAAGAAAGGGGUGGCGGCGUUGUUUUUCCCCUGUUUGUUCGUCCCCAGCUGGCUAAAGGAGAGAGGAAGGCAGGGUUGCAUUCCUUGGCAGCUCGAUGGAAAACAGCAGGCUUACAAUUCUCUUCUUUUCUUCGGCUUCCUGCGUGCGAAUAAGAAAAAUAGCAGUGAAGAGUAAAGAUCCUUCUGAUUAUUGUCCUGACAUUGUUCAUCAGGCACCUAUUGCUAUAUUGGAUAGCCUCUUAACUAAAGCUGGUAGGCUUCGAGCUCUAUAUGUACGUUCAACACGGCAUGCACUCAUCGAAGUCAAACCACAUGUUCGUGUUCCAAGAACCUUCAGUGCAGUUGUUAGAAAAGUAAAAAAUUACUGCCGUAGGCAAACGUGCGAAGCUUCACCUCUGAUUAAGAAUCCUGUAACAGAUCACUUACCUGUUAACUCAAGAAAAGCCUUUGUUGCUGCUGCUAGUGACAUUGUCAACCUUGUUUUUAUGGUGGGUGCUAUGGCUCAUGGAGUCAUUGAUAAAGGAUUUAUAGAUGACUUCAUAUCAGUUUCAAAUUACCCACUCAGUGCAGCUUGCUGGAGCAGAAAUGGAAGAUACUAUAAGUCAACUUCAUCUCGAUGUGAUCUUUUUCUGACGCUGGGACUAAUUCUGAAUCAGGUCUAUGUAUUCCGCCAAUCCCUUGGCAUUUUUUCGGCUAGUGAUUUGUAUAAAUUUUUGCUAUAAUUUGUUUAAUUAUGUUGAGAAUAGAUAAUUAAAAUGCUAGUUUAUGCUUGCACUUUUUUUUUUCCUGAAUUUGCUCGUUUAGUUUAUUUGAUGAUGAUUAUGAUUUUUGUUAGUUUGUAAAGUCCGCAGAUGCCGUACUAAUUCUUAAUCAGGUGGCUUCUUGACAUGGCUGCAGGAAAGCCCAUGUAAUUAUUGGAAGCAUGUAGUUAUUCAAAGUAAUUGAUUAGUUUAUAUGUAAUUUAUGGUGAGAAAAUUUGAAUGCAAGUUUGAGCUUUGUAUAAAUUUUGGAUCUGUGAUUAGCUCAAUUACCUCAUUUUGAUGAUGAUUGUGUUGAUGUUUGUGCCAUUAAUUGUGUACUCAUUUGGAGUUUUUUAAUCAUAAGGAUAGCUUGCUGUCUUGCUGGUGGAA